UGGUCUGCCGGUGUCAAACAAUGCAAAGUAUUCAAUCACCAAUUCACCUCCCACACUGACUGUUCAGGACAUGAGCGGUGGUGACAAUGGAAUAUACAUGUUCACAAUGACUCAGUCGUUCUUGACAUUCACCCACGAGGAAUCCAUUUCAGUGACAGAUGUCAUUCCUCCCAUUAUUCAGCUGAAUAAAUUAGCAAUUAAUGUUCGAUGUGGAGCAAAUGAAAAUAUCCCAUUGGAGUGUUGUGUUACAUACUACCUAAUUAACAACGUUACAGCAAAAUGGAUGGACGGUUCUGUUGAAAUACCCUCUGUACAGACCACAACAAACAUGCUUUGUGUCAGUGCUGCAUACCCAGUACCAAAGCAAUGUAAUACAAAGGAACUCACAUGCCAAGUGAUUGUCAAGAAAGCAUCUACAACUCAAACAUUGACAGAUAAUGUAACGCUAAUGUUUUUCAGUGGAGUGCCUGACUGUAAUGACCCAACAUACGGUACUGGUAUGAAUGGAAAUAUAUCAACUGUACUUUGCCCAGCCAAUUUUACAGGCAACAGGACUGCAAUUUGUGCAAAGCCAAAUUGGAACAUUCAGGAGGACAACUGUGUCUUCAGCGCAGUAAACACAUUGGCGUUGUUUUCUCAGAAUCUGAGUCCAGCUAGUGUAUCAUCAUUUGUGAAUGACCUUAAGACAACCACUACCAGUUAUAAAUCAGACAUAACACAGUCAUCAGCCACCAUUUCCUCUAUUGUGAACAUACUUGGCAUAGUUGCAAGUGUUUCACAAAAUAUAAGCGAAACUUCAAUGCAGGGUGUUUUGGAGACCGUAUCAAUUUUGGUGUCACCUGAAACUCAGCAAUCCUGGACAGGACUGAACAGUAACAACAGAUCCCAAAGCACAAGCUCUGCUUUACUGGAAUCAAUAGAAAACAUUACACACAGUCUAUCAAGCAAUUCCUUUACAAUUAAUACAACAAACAUUCAGUUAAUCAAAACAACAUUAACAGGCCCUUUCAAUGAACCCAUGAUUUCAUCUCAGAUAUUCAUCCCAAAUCAAGGUCUUCCCAACAACACAAGUAUCACAACAAUCGUCUUUAAGACUCUUGAGUUUGUCUUACCUAACAGGACCACUGGAAACAGUACGGACAGCUCCAUCAAUGGAGUUGUCAUGUUAGCCUAUGUAAACGAAACCAUUAAUAAUGUUUCACUGACAUUUGAUAAAACAAACAAAACAAAGGUAAACAGCCAGUGUGUUUUUUGGAACUUUGAAGGCAUCGGAGGCUGGGACUCUACUGGAUGUGAACUGCAAUCUGAAACAAAUGACAGGGUCACCUGUUCCUGUAACCACCUGACUUCCUUUUCCAUAUUAAUGUCACCUUUUGUACCUAAAUCCAUUGAGGUUCUUUUGAAUUACAUCACGUAUAUUGGAGUCAGCAUAUCAAUGGGAUGCCUGGUCUUAUGCCUUAUAAUUGAAGCAUUUGUGUGGAGCGUUGUCACUAAGAACAGCACGUCACACAUGCGACACGUCGCUAUAGUGAACAUUGCUCUGUCUCUGCUGAUUGCUGACAUAUGGUUCAUAAUUGGAGCAGCAGUGUCAGGCCAGAGCGCACCAAAGAAUGCAUGCAGUGCUGCAACCUUCUUCAUUCACUUCUUUUACCUUGCCUUGUUCUUCUGGAUGCUGAUCUCAGCUCUCUUCCUCUUCUACCGUACCAUGAUGGUUUUCUCCCACAUGUCAAAGAGCACUAUGAUGGCCAUUGCCUUCUCAGUGGGCUACGGGGCACCACUCAUCAUUGCCAUAAUCACCAUUGCAGUCACUGCCCCCAAAAAUGGCUACUUUGGGCAAGAUGGCGUAUGUUGGUUGAACUGGUACCAGACUAAGGCCCUCCUGGCAUUUGUGAUUCCGGCCUUGAUCAUCGUCGUUGUGAACCUGCUCAUUCUAAUCGUGAUUGUGGUUAAACUACUGAUGAGGGGUGUUGGUGAGAACCGUCAGUCUGAGGAGAAGAAUGCUCUGGUGGUCAUCGCAAGGUGUGUCGGUGUUUUGACUCCCAUCUUUGGCAUCACCUGGGGACUUGGCAUAGGGACCAUGGUGGCACCUGAUAAUCUUGGAAUCCAGAUUGUAUUUACAAUCUUCAAUGCCUUUCAGGGCUGCUUCAUUUUAGUGUUUGGGACGCUUAUAGACAGCAGAAUUCGAUCAGCUAUUGCUGGAAGAUUUUCAUUUUUGCCUUUGCUGUCUUCCCGAACAAAGAGCACAAAUGCUGGUCCAUCUUUGUCCUCUCUGGCUGACCGUAUUAGGCGAAGGGGAAAGAACUUUUAUAAUGUUUCUGAGGCUUCAACAAAUCUGAGUGCUUCUGAUGCAUUUAUCACUUCAUAGCUGCCUGGCUGCUCAACUGA